AGUUGUUUUGAUCAGUGCAGAGAAAUUUCUGUGCCUUUUUUUCGACGCAAAAGCCAAAUAUUUUCUUCACAGACGGGGGACGUGCUGUAUGUUUGAAAUAGUGUGUUAGGAACUAUUCCAGUGUUCCAUGCAUAUAGUCUUCGUUCUUGAUCCCCGCAAGAUCGGAUAUACGGAAGUAGGUUAUCUGUCAAACUAGCUUGAUGCAGAUUCUGCACGCAUUGCAGUGUUUGUUUUCCUUCGAAGUUUAGCCAUGGGUGGUGCAGUGAGUACAGGAGAAGACAAUGACGACCUCAUUGAUAAUUUGGUUGCUGCGGAGUACAUAAAAAACCCACUGGUGGAGAAGGUGUUUCGUGCUGUGGACAGAGCCGAGUACUACCUCCCUGAAAGCCGCGACACUGCCUACAGAGACUUGGCCUGGAAACAUGGCCAUCUGCAUCUGUCCGCCCCCUGUAUCUAUUCUGAGGUGAUGGAAUCGCUUAAACUGGAGCGUGGUCUGUCCUUCCUCAACCUUGGCAGCGGCACGGGAUACUUAAGUACAAUGGUCGGGCUCAUCACAGGCCCAUACGCGGUGAAUCAUGGAGUAGAGCUGCACGUGGAUGUAGUCGACUACGCUAGAGAACGACUGGAGGAGUUCAAGAGGAAGUGUGAGGCAUUUGAUGAGUUUGAGUUCAGCGAGCCAGUCUUUGUGUCUGGGAACUGCCUGUUGCUGAACUCAGAGUGUCGGCUGUAUGACCGUGUGUACUGUGGAGCAGCCUGCCCACCCGAACAUGAAAACUACAUGAAAAACUUGAUUAAGAUUGGAGGAAUUUUAGUCAUGCCACUCAAUGAUCAGCUGCUACAGAUUAUCAGGACAGGAGAAAGUGCUUGGGAGUCCAGAAAUGUUCUACCUGUCUCUUUUGCGUCCUUGGUGAUGCCAACACAAGAAACAGGGCUGGACAUGGUCGAAUUACCUGAGGCAGCCAUUCCAAGUCUUCAGGAUGCCUGUAGGCUUUGUGUUAGAAAGAUACUUCGAGAGGCCAUUCACAAGGAACAUCCCACAAUGGAACGCACCAGGCAGAGGAAACCUAGGCGUAAGCGUAAUCGUCAAAAGAAGAUAAAUAUUGUGCCGAUGAGUAUGGGGAUGAUGAUCCUGGGUCAGUUUGACGGAAGCGAUGAUGAGGAGAGACGGGCUGUGAUACACACUGAGGAUGUGGAUGCUGAGGACGAGUCAGAUGGACUGUCUGACAGAGAAGAGGAGGAAGAGGAGGAGUCUGAGGUGCCGGAGUCAACCAUGGAGGCCAGGUCUGGGAAGUCUGCACAGUCUGCAGCAGCGAGGUCUGUUACAUCCAAGUCCAUGCCAGUGUUAACCGUGUCCCAAAAGAAGCCCAUGAAAGAAGUAGAGCGUGACGAGUUCUGUGUUUGUAACAUGGAAGAAACUGUGUCAUCAGCAAGGAGCUCAAGGAAGAAUGGCCACCAGGUCGAGAAGGAACGUUUGGGAAGACGUUCUCGUGCUGCUCCUGCGGAUUCAGGAAAAGACACAUCCUCUGAUGAUUCGGACGAUGACUUUGAUAUGCACAUAGUAGAGAUGUUGCGUAGUAGCGCCAUGGGAAUGAGAGAAAGCCCUCCACGCAAGGUACGCUGCUCUUCCAGCACGAGUGCAGACACUUCAGAAACCUCUGGCGUCUGCACUGUAAGUGAUCAUUCUGACGAGAGCGUUGGUAAGCCAUCUCCAGAAGUGGGCAGUCCUCCAAUGCUUCUGGGCUCCAGUGCCCCAUCCAAACCUCCGCUCUUCAGCCAAGACAACCAGGACAACAUCAGAUGUUACAUGAAAGAGAAGAUAUCCUUCCUGCCAAUCCCAGCAGCCCUCAAAGCCUAUCUCAUGUACUACAGGAAUUAAGGCCUGCAGAACAGUAUGGCACCAAAUAGCCGUUUUUGGAACUUAAUAGUGAUUUGCCAUAAACAUUAUUAAACUGUGUGGUGAUUAAAUAUCUCUGUAUCCAGUGGAUUACAUUGUGUUCGGUUUCCUGUGCUCAAACUUAAAAGGUGUCCAUGAUCAGGAUUUGGUCACUGUUACACUUGAUUAAUCAGACUGGUUACAUGUUACAUUUACAGUAUAUUUACCCAUGAAGUGCUUUUAUGGCCAUAAGAGUAUGGGCCAAGUUGUUCAAAAGUGUAUUGGCAGUUAGGAAAUUUUGUCUGGACUGAAUUGCUCCCAUUAGUUCUAUAUUAGAACAAAACUGUUUCGAGGUAUCAGCCUGGUUUAACUUUCAAUACACUUCUGAACAGUCAACCCAUGGACAGCUAAUUCCAUGCUGGUCUGUCCUUGAUGAAACGUGUAAAUCUGUUUUCCUGUAAUUUUGUCAAGAACUUUAUGUAAUACGCAAGAUUUUUUUGACAGGCACACAUAAUUCAAAAUGGUGAAAAUGUUACUAUGUCAACAUAUAACAGUAUAUCAAACUUAUAUCAGACUCACAAAUGUUUACUUGACACUUAGGAAUGCGGACUAAUAUUGCAAAACAUUUGAUAUAAGCAAUUGAUUACAGUCUAUUUUGAAUAGUUUUCAAGUUGAGUUGCCAAGGCAGAGUUAAGGCUCAGAAGCGGAUAUCUGAAAAUUUGCAGGAAACCAAUUUCCAUAGUUUCAUGAAAGAUUGUCGCUUGUGUGGGUGGCACUGAAAACCUUCUGUCUGCCUCUGUAAUUACUCUCAGCGGCUCAGAUUAAACAAUGCAACUGACCAGAGGAACCAUACAAAUCAGUUUUGAGCUUGUUUCUGUGAUUGUUAGGGACAUUUUUUUCUACGGUUUUUGCUUGCAAGGAAGGCCAGGUUUGUAUCUUAGCGGUCUUUCUUAUUCAACCAGCUUCUCACUUCAUCAUGUUUAUAAUUGGGAGGGUUUUAAAAUGAAAAUUCACCAGAAAUUAGCAUCCACAUACGUGCUGUUAUAAUGCAUAAAAUGAAAAAGCGGAAGAGGGAUGUUUACUCUUUUUUUUCAUUGUACAUUACAAAAUUUUGGUGGAGAUUUUAAGGCACAGAAUGUGAUAUAGGUUAAAGCCUAAUAUAGCCAUUGAUUUUAUGAUGAGUAAUCAAUACAGUCAAUGUUUUAAUAAAAAAAAAAAAAAAAUGUCUUUUCCUGAACUUGCUGAGGCAUAGUCAUUUGCUUUUGAAAUAGUUCUGUUCAAUUUUCAAAGUGCUUUUUUGUAGGUUUGUUAGCAAUGUUAAUUAUAGUGUUUGAUUUAAUUACACAUACAAGCAUGUUGUUUAUUGUAAUAAUCUCUUGAAUUUCUAAGGACCAGCAUAUGUCAGUUAGGUCAUGCAAAUUGGCUGAUCGAUAAUUUAAUUUGGCAUGUCCUGUAUUUAAAUUAUCUUCAUGUUAACUUAAAUUGCGAACUUGCAAGUGUACAAUUCAGUGUUUUAGCAUCCUAUAAAGUUCUGAUAUAAGCAUGCAUAAAUGUGUAACAUUUAGUGUCCUCAUUUCUUGAAAAAGAUAAAGUAAGUGCACAUAUUGUAACUUAAGUUGAACUUGAGGUUAUAGUAGCAAACAGAUCUGGUUUUGUCCCGUUUACUGCAAGCUAAUUUCAUAGCGAUGCUUGUUCUUUGUAUUAAUUAUACCCGAGGGAUAGCGUUAUGUUAAUGGAGAGGGCUUCAGGAGAAAAAAAAACAAAACAAAAAACAGUUGACUUAUUUAGGGCUUCUGUAUGGCAGUUGCAAAGUUCCUUUUAUUAAAAGGCAAAGAUUUUUUGUUUGGAGUGCGCCUACAAGAAAGAAAAAGGAAAAAGCAAAUGAAGAUGAAUACAGGUUUUACAAACAAGGCUGUGAUUUUGAGACAAAAAGGUUAUAAUAUGCAUUUAUGAUAACUUUAACAUUUACAUUUUCAUUGACAUGUAGCAUUUCCUUUUAUGGUAAGAUGUGGGAAGUGUAGCUGUACAUACUGUAUAUUACUUGUAUUGAAAUGACAUUUGUUUGAUCUUUGUUGUGUUAUAAUAUGAGCAAUGCUGUGGCUAAAUUUGUCUAGUUAAUGCACUGUAUACUCUUAAAUCUAUAUUUUAAUGGGUGCAAAUGCUACAUGGUAGAAGUUCAUUGUUUUGUUCUGCUUCGUCAGUUUUAGUGCUUCCUUGACUUUUUUGUUAUUAAGCUGGACUGAUAAGUAGUGUAAUUCCUGUUUUACAUACGAGUACUUUACAAACAGUUGCAGAAUCAUAAAUUUGUUUUAAUAUUAGCAUGGUAUCAUUUUCAUCAGUUCCCAUGUGGUUUGGUAAAGAAGUAUAAGCAGCUGUACAGAUAAUUGUCAUCCAGGUUAAUUGCUGUUAUUUAUUUCAAGUGCACAUCGUCAAGUUGGUGGUAUAAUUUUACGCAUGUAUAGUGCUGAUGGGUACACAUGUACUCACAAGUUUCAUGUUUGCUGUUGCUAUAUUUAACACAAUGGAAUAACAAACCCGUUUCAUUGUUUUCCCUGCAAUAAACAAGACUGGGCAUAUGUGUAUCGUCCACAUAAACAGUGAUAUCCUGGUCAUCAAGAUUUCCCGCUCAUAGAAUGUUCCAUCUCCCACAAUCAGUCACUCAGGAUCAUCUAGAGGUUGUCUGAACUCCACAGUUGCCAUUACCAAUAUUAAAGGGCAGGAUAUCUGCUUUCAAGUACAUGUAUGCUCAGAUUAAAAGGAAGGAAAACAUAAUAAAUAAGCAUGAGUAGAAAAGCCUUGAAAAACUGUAUCUGAAAAUACCUGUACUUAUUUUUGGUAUUAUAUAUAUUUUUUUGUACUGAAUUAAAUGUCAAAUGUAUUUCAAUGUAACACUUUCCUGCAUUCCUACAGACAAACCAAUUUAGUUUGUUGUUUUAUGAGAAGAAUACAAUUUUUUCAGUGUUGGAAGUGGUCAUAAAAAAUAGAUAAUAAGAUAAAAACAGAUAAAAAGUGAAAAACAAAUUUAAAAAGUGGAUUUUAAGGUUUUUAUGUAUUUCGUUGUGCAUGAUUUGCGUGAAAAACAAAAAAUAAAAUUGGCAUUUAAUGUCAGAUUUGCUGUUUUGUGCAGGCACACACCAUGUAAGUAAAGUUCUUGAGAACUUUUAUUUAGGCAUAGGCAUAGUAAAAAUUAUGCUGUAUAUUUUUCAGUAUGAUUCAUACGCACAAGUGCACAGUCCAAGCAUUAACUGCAUUUAAUUCAGUAGAAAAAAAAUCCAUAGAACAAACAAGCUAUUUUCAAAUGCAGGUGUUGAUGGCUUUUCUACUGAUGCUUCAUGUACUUGAAACAUCACUGUACAGUGCCGAUGGCCUUAUAUGAAAAUGUUGUUUUUUUGUUUUGACUGCCCUGUGUCCUUGGUUCCCGUUACAUCCCUUCCAUUCAGCAGGUGUAGUGGUCAUCCAGUUUUAACUGUCCUAGUGGAUGUGCAUGCACAUAGACCUGCAUGCAUAUUGUCUCCCAGCCAUGAGUGUGUCAGUUCCUAGUGGCAGGGCACUUCCUACACUGUAUAUACUUAGCAAUCAGUGCAUUCACAUGAAUCAGUGAAAUUCACAAAACCUUUGGCAUCAGCGAAGAAGUUACUGUUCAAAUUUGUAUCUGCAGGAAUGAGCAGUUUGUCACAUGGUGUGUUUAUUAGCCACUGUUAGGGAACCUUUGUAUAACUUGUACAAAGGCUUGUAUAACUUGGUUUAAGGAGUCAAGCCAAUCCUUAGAUUUUGAAGUUUGUGCCAUAUAUUCAUAUGAACUGUAAUGGUUUUGUAUUGUCACUACAUUCUUGAGAAUGGCAUUUUAAACACCUGUCAUAUAAAUAAAUAUAGUCACUUAUAAAAGUUUAGCCAUGUAUCAAAAAGCUUCUAUGCCUUACCCCAAGGAUUUGACUUUCACAAAAAUCUGUAAAUCAAGUCUUUUGAACAGUGCUAUGUUUGAAUAAUGCGUUAUGUACUGUCAUGCCAGUAAGAAAAAAGAAAAAAGUGGACUAGAAAAAUGGACUAGACUUACAAAAUUUGGUGAAAGCCUACCCUGUAUGUGUAAUGCCAUCGUUGUCAAGUGAGAAUGACUGUCUUUAUUAAGGACAAAUUUAGGCUGUUAUCAAUAUACAGUCUGUAAUGUGUGUAUACAAUGUCACAAAACACCUUGAAAAUAGUUCCAGAUGACACUUAGGUGUGGAGAAUGUACAUAUUGUCUCAGAAGGUAACAAUGUACUUUGUAAUAGGUGAAACGUUUGAACAGUAAUAAACAAAAUGUACAGGA